UUUUUAAGUGUUGUCAUGGGACACUGCUCAGUCUGGUAAGUCUCAGCACUGGUUUAUUCUGCUAAGCAGAGUAUGGGCUGAUACCACCCACCAGUUCCCAACCAUCGCGUUUUAACUGCAAGGACAUCUCCAAAAAAUACCUUUAUGAUUACUGGACUAGAUGCUGGAGAGCUCUUCAGUCCCUUUGUUCGUUGUCUUCGUCCUGCUUUUCAUUUUGUUGCUCUCUGUGGUGCUCAUCAGGAGAAACGGCGCUGCUGCCCUUAUCUGGAAUGAAAUAAUCCGGGAGAAAAUAACCAAUUUCAUCAUGAACCAGAGCAAAGAACAGAGGAUUUUAAAUUUUGUGCUGCAGAAUGCAGUCCGAGGGGACCCCUGUAGCGUGAUGGACGCUAUAGAUAAGUACUGCUCCCAGAAAGAGUGGGCCAUGAAUGUGGGCGAUGAGAAAGGUUUAAUUCUAGACAAGACAGUGGAAGAGAUCAAUCCAUCAGUUGCACUGGAGCUGGGAACGUACUGCGGCUACUCAGCAGUUAGGAUUGCUCGGCUACUGAAAGCAGGUGCUCGUCUCCUCACUGUGGAGUUCAACCCAGAAUUUGCUGCUAUAGCUAAACAGAUGAUUGAGUUUGCUGGAGUACAAGAUAAGGUAAAACUCAUAGAAGGACCUUCAGAGGAAAUUAUCCCUCAGCUGAAGAAAAAAUAUGAAGUGGAUACUCUGGAUUUUGUCUUCUUGGACCACUGGAAAGAUAGAUACACACCAGACACCAUCCUGCUUCAGGAAUGCAGCUUGCUGAGAAAGGGCUCAGUUCUUCUGGCCGACAAUAUCAUCGUCCCAGGAGCUCCAGAAUUCGUUAACUAUGUCCGCAACAACCCCCGUUUCCAAUGCACUAACUACCCAUCUCAUCUGGAAUAUAUGAAAGUGCAGGAUGCUAUGGAAAAGGCUGUGUUUUUGGGAUAGAGAGCCAUUAAUACUCAACCUUUGUUUCAAAUAACGUAAAUGCGACUGCACAAGUUAAUUGUCUAUGCUUUAAAUUUUGCCUUUUUUUUUUUUUUUUUCUUCUUCUUCUUCUUUUGGAGCCUGUAAUUAAAGCAAAUUCUACAGGAGAUCACUGUAGACCAGGUGGAAACCAAGAUCUGAAGUAAGUAGGGUAACUGCUCCAAGGCCUGUCACACAUUGCUCAGCAAACCCAAGGUAGUGCAAAUUGCCUUGCCUUGACCAACACAUUGUCAAAACAUAACCUGUUACUUAGAGCUCCAAACCAAACAACCACCGUUUGGGGUUAGGGCAGGGUGGAAAAAGUCACUCAAUUUCUGAAAACUCGUGUCCCAAAGCUAAACUGACUAGUCACUCUCCAGAGUGAAAAAAGCAUGCGUGUUGCAAGGAGAGCAUUUCAGGAGCACUGAUUAUGCUGAAUUGUUAGCAUGCCACUUCAAGCAGUGAAAGUUCCUACAGUGAUGUCAGAUGCAUUUUUUCAUCGUUACUGCAAGAGUUAGUUAUCUCUAUGCUGGAGAAGAGGCAUGUAGGGAAAGAAGAAAGACCCAGGCAGUGACAAGAAAAUGUAUCAGAACUUUGCGUAGGACAAGGAAACAAAGUUGUUAAUCUGCAUGUGCAGAGGUAGAGAAAACUGAAGAAGUAAACAGAUUAAAAUAAAUGCAGUGACAGAUAACAAAAGCAACAGCUUCUUUCUAACAGAAUACCAAAACAACAAAGUCACUGAGAUCUUGAGAAAAUAUUGUUUGCCCCUUUAUUAUGCUUACUUAAUCCCCUUAUUAUAGAGCGUAUUCAUAGUGUGUGCUUUUUAGAGGCAGGGCAAGUUGCUUACUCUGAAGUGCUGUGUAUGUUUAAGAAACAAUAAAAAUAAAAACCAGAGAGAAUGUGUUUUUAUGAGGUGGGUCCUGGUUAACCUGAUUGUUGUACUUUUAACUAUGGAAUACCCACUGGUAUUUUCUGCCUUGUUUACUGUGAUUAUAUUAUGAGGCAAUGGUUGCAUUUAUAAAUAAAAUCUGAAAAAUAACAGA